AUGGAACCCAUGAUCGUCUUUCAGGCACGCAAACCCUCUGUGUUGCUGUCCUUCGUCAAUACAACAAUUGGCUCCGGUCUCUUUUCGGUCAAUGCCGUGCCCGUGCACGAUGGUGAGACGGCGAAGCAACUGGCGGAACGCCUCCUUAAGAGUUGCCGAAAGACUAUGGUUGCUGCGGAAGGUAAUGCUGUGCCCGCCGAC